GCAGAGCAGUUGUAGGCAUGUUGGUCCUUUGUUCAAGUCAUGCACUGGGAACAACUCCUGCGCCUCAGGAAAGCCAAGAUCGAACGAUUAGAUGUAAGUAGCCUAGCACAAACAACUAGCGCAGUGGCAUCAAGCACAGACUGCAGUAUCAAUGCAGACUCUGUUGAUGGAACACCAGAUCCACAACGCACAAAAGUGGCCAUCACUCAUCUGCAGCAGAAAAUACUGAAACUUACAGAGCAAAUCAAAAUAGAGCAAACAGCUCGGGAUGACAAUGUGGCAGAAUACCUGAAAUUAGCCAAUAAUGCUGACAAGCAGCAGAGUGCCCGGAUUAAGCAGGUGUUUGAGAAGAAGAACCAGAAAUCAUCCCAGACAAUCCUCCAGUUGCAAAAGAAGCUAGAGCACUAUCAUCGGAAGCUGCGAGAGAUUGAACAGAAUGGUAUUCAUCGACAGCCCAAAGAUGUCUUGAGGGAUAUGCACCAAGGGCUAAAGGAUGUAGGAGCAAAAGUCACUGGCUUCAGUGAAGGAGUAGUAGAUAGUGUUAAAGGUGGACUUUCCAGCUUUUCCCAGGCAACUCAUUCAGCAGCUGGAGCUGUUGCUUCUAAACCUCGAGAAAUUGCCUCACUUAUUAGAAACAAGUUUGGAAGUGCUGACAAUAUUACUAAUCUGAAGGACGCUUUGGAAGAAAGUCAAGACGAUGGAACUGGAGGAAAGACUUUAGGUGUUCAUAACUUUCAGUCGAGCCCAAAAUAUGGCAGUGAGGAAGAUUGCUCCAGUGCUACAUCAGGCUCAGUGGGAGCCAAUAGCACCACAGGAGUCCACUUGGGAGCACCAAGCUCCAAAACAAACACUCUGGAAAUGCAAAGCUCAGGGUUUGAUGCAAUACUGCAUGAGAUUCAAGAGAUCAGAGAGGUUCAAGUACGACUGGAGGAAUCCUUUGAAGAUCUCAAAGUUCACUAUCAGCGAGAUUAUACCUUGAUAAUGCAGGCUCUACAGGAAGAAAGAUACCGAUGUGAGCGGCUAGAAGAGCAGCUGAAUGACCUGACUGAGCUUCAUCAGAAUGAGAUCCUCAACUUAAAACAGGAAUUGGCCAGCAUGGAGGAAAAGAUAGCUUACCAGUCCUAUGAACGAGCCCGAGAUAUCCAGGAGGCCCUAGAGGCAUGUCAGACCAGAAUCUCCAAGAUGGAACUGCAGCAGCAACAGCAGCAAGUUGUCCAGUUGGAGGGCCUUGAAAAUGCCACUGCCAGAAACCUUCUGGGCAAGCUAAUAAACAUCCUCCUAGCUGUGAUGGCUGUCCUGUUGGUCUUUGUCUCCACCGUGGCCAACUGCGUGGUCCCCCUGAUGAAAACUCGCAGCAGGACGUUCAGCACUUUCUUUGCCCUGGUCUUCAUUGCCUUCUUGUGCAAGCACUGGGAUGCCAUUGCUGGCUACUUGGAACGUUUUUUUUCACCCCCCAGAUGAUGGCAAGAACAGGCUGUUGCCUCACUCACACGAGCUGGCCCUGGCAAGGAAAUGCAUCAAAGCUCGGUCAGCAAUUCCUUCCUCCACCGAAGAUUUAACAUGUCCGAGUGUGAAUUUGUUUACAGUUAAAAUAACAUUUUUUCUCUGAGACACAUUGGCAAUAGUGGGGUUUCUUUUUAGAUUUUAUUAAAGAACUCUUUUUUUUUGUCAAAAAUCCUGGACAGUUUUUAUGUAGCAUGGUUCUCUUUGGAUGCAAAUCUUAAUAUUCUGUAAGUGUACAAAGAUAAAACACAAAUCUGGAGCACACCAAUGGGCAAAUUAAAUUAUGGCUCAACUACUGUACUAAACCUGGUCAGAGGAGGAAAGGACAAUAACAUAAAUUCUAACGAAAAUAAUCCGGUGCAUAGCGAUACUCUGAUUAUCCUAUAAUGCUACUGUGAAACCUGACGACAUUCUGUGUCUGAAUGUAUAGCUUCAGGAUGGCUUUCUCUAGUGAAAGACCAAUGCAAUAUAUGGAACUUCCUGGAUCUCUUCCUGGGCUUGCCUCUUCUGCUGUUGAACUUUCUGGCUAGAUAUAUGAAGUGGAUUAGUUAUCCUGUGCACACUUACUGCACAGUUGUACUACAGUAUUUUGAAGUAGCCCUUUGAAUAUUUUAAGCAAAAGCCCUUGGUUGCACUUUGACUGUUUUUUAAUGUAUGUAUAGUCACAGAUUUAAAAAUCCAAAUGGCAUACUUGAAGAGUGUAAUACUCAAACUCUCAGUGCUUCCUUAUUGUUUCUAAUAGGAUUUUUUAUUCUUAUUGGGGAUUGUUUUUGAACUUAAUGGUUGGGAGCAUCAUCUCUCUUUCUCUCCCUUGCUCUCUUUGAAUAAAGAAGUGAUGUUCUUAAAUGAAGAAGUGUGUGAAUAAAUGUGAGCUAUCUUGUCCUGAGAUGAUUUUGAGGGUUGCAAAUAAUUUUUAAUGUAUCUCAAGUGCAAACCUGUUCAAAUGUGAUCUGUGUCCUCCUUAACUUCCAGACAUAGCAUUAAGAAAACAGAUUCUCUUUCCCCUCCUGCCGGUCCCUAUGCAUUUUGUUUUGUUCGGAAGUGAAGGAGGAACUUAAAAUCUUUACCCUGGUCCUAUUGUGUCUAGACCAGUUAUUUUAAUGAGAAUAAAGAAAUCCUGGUUUAUUCUAAGAAAAACAAAUGGGAACUUUUGAAAGCAUGAGUGAGUGAGCUGUUCUGAGAAAAGAUAUAGGGAGUCUUAACCUUACUGAUAAUAAAUAGGACUUAAACUUUCGGUUUAGGCUCCUCCAUGCCAAAGUUGGAGUGGUAGCUGGGAUAGGCUACAGUCAGUCAGCUUCAGAUCUAUCAUAAAGUUACCUGACAUCUCUAAGGAAGACAUAAAUGCUUAAGGAAGCAUCAAGGCCAAUCCUUGUAAUAGUCCCCAAGUUAACAUAUUAUUCAAAUAUGCCCUUGAGAACUGAAACCAAAGCUGCCCUACUAACAGUGUUCACACUGUUGGUGCUUUUUAUGUUUAGAGUCAGCCCCUUCAACUUCACUGUGUUCCCAUAUAGGACAUCAUGAAACCUCCUGCAUUAGUAAGAUUUGGUACAGCCUUCCUGACAGCUGGGCAUUGCCAAGAAGUAGGGAAACAAAAGAGCAAGUGAACUGUGCCCCCCCCCACUCAUUACUCAACAUAUGCUUGAAACAGGUUCUUCCUGUUUCAAGCAUGUAAAACAAGAUCUCAUGAAAAUUACACAUACAAAUGUUCCAAAUAGAAUUUGUUCUUGCAAGACACUUAUUUAGAAAAGCAGUGGUAUGAGCUGCUUGUAUUCCUACUUUCACUGCUUUUUUGGAAAUGUAAACUGGGCCCGGAAUUGUAAGAAGGUUGGUUCUGUUAGUAAGUCUUUAGCCAUAGUGUCAUGUUUUUCCAAAGUCUCUUUAAUGCUGGCCAACAAGCUUUAUAUUUGUAAAAGUCAGAAUUAAAAUUCUUAAUUCUAGCUGUUUUCAUUGUGAAACAGUUAAGUAUUCUUUUGCAUUUCUGGAAUAUAAUCAUUUAAUUCUAACUUGGCCAUGUUUUAUCUAAGAGCCUAAUAAUCCCUAAAUGGCCUACAUAAUGUAGAAUUGAAUCCUGAAGUUCUUACUGUUUAGGUUUUAUUAUUUAAACUUUGCUUCUAUUCCCUCUCCUUUGUUAAAUGGAACUUGGCCUUUUGAGUGUCAGCUAACAAUAGAGAAACUUCCUUUCGCCCCAAUCAUCAUUCAAGAGGUUUAGCAUAUAAUUUUCAGAAUUGCAAUUCUUUGUACACUCAGAUCCCUAAUGCUAACAUGCACCACAGAUUGGUACUGAAAAAAAAUCUUCUUGUCCCCCAAGGAGAUUGCCAGUUACAAAAGAUUCUGGCCAAAAACUAAGCAUUCUGUUUCUCUAACCCUACAGAUGUAGAUUGUUGGUUAAUAUCUGUUUGUAUUAACAUACCUUGCCCUGCCAUUUGAAAUCUUUAUUGAAUUUAUGACCACUGUUCCUGAGCAUCUCAGUAUCCCUCCACCUUUCUGCAUGUUCUUAAUGAUUUAAAAAGGGCAUGAUUUGGACACCAACCUGAAAUGCUUGAGUGGCUUCUAGGGCCACCUUCAUUACACAUGAAUUUGCUGUAGAUAAGCUUAGCAAAGCAGAGGAACAAAUACGACCUAGAUGAGUAUUCUUUAUUCAAUAUUCACUGAAGUCUGUUGGUGAAUAUUUCAUUGCCUUUUCUUGUAAACAUGUAUAAUUUCUGAAUGUGUAUUAUUUGAUAAAUAUUAUAACAGCUAACACCUGUUUACUGAGAAAAAAAAGAAAAAUGAUAGAGCCCUAAUCUUCAAAAUUUUUCCAAAAACAUGUUUUGGUUCAUGAUUAAAACUGGCUUUCGAUACAUUC